UUAGUACAAGAUUUUUUUUCUUCCAUAAUUUUGAAUAUAACCUUAAACUCCAAUCAACAAUGAUUCGCAUACACACCGAUAAUUUUGUGCCACGUUAUGUAAACGGCUCUUGGAUUUGGAAUGAUGAUGAAGAAAAUCUUCAUUUCGAUUCACGAGAAGAAGCCUCUAAGGAGGUUAGCAAAGAAGAAUAUGUCAAUAUUGGUGGCUAUAAAUUUCUGGCAUCAAUUAAUCAAUUGGAGGAAAUGAUAUUUCGUCAAGAAUUUCAAAGAUCCGAUACUACACAUGAUUAUGAGGCUGUACUACUGCAAGAUAUUAAAGAUUUAGUAAUGUUUCUAUCACCCAAAGAGAUUCUAACAAAGGAUUUUAUAUAUUUUCUCAAUACCAAAACGGUGCAUCAAUUCCUUAAAGCUUUGGUAAUAUAUUUUGAGUAUUUUAUGAAAUUUGUAGAAUUUAUACUCAUACGUAGAGAUGAGAUAUCGGGAGAAAAGGCUCAAAUACAAAGUGAGGAGAGUACUGAAAUUAAAAGAAUAUAUUCGAAACAUCUAUCGCAAUAUCGUUUAUUAUUGGCCCGUGAAUACAGUGAGAUUUUGUUGGGUAAUGGAGAAAUGCGUAAAUUCUAUCACCUAAAACCUAUAGUUAAUAUAUCGCAGUCUAUUAAAGAUAAAGCUUUUCAUGAAGGCUUCUUGGCUUUUUGCACAAAUUUUGUUUGGAUAGCCAUGUUUAGAAGAGAUUUGGAAUUAAUCGAUAUGGAAAUGAAUCGUUUGUUUAGAUCUGAACAUUUUUCCUUAGUACGUUCCGAGCGCUAUCAAUUUUCCCCGGUGGAGGCCAGCAUGUUGUAUGGCAAGAAUUAUAAACGUUGCAAUUAUCGUGCACAAAAUUCUCCUCUUAUUAUGGAACUCAGUAAUGUGGAAAAGGAAAAUGUUCCAUUACUAUGGACAGGAGAACGAAAAUAUCGUGGUACUGAUUUGCGUAUAUUUCAAAUUGAAUUGGAAUUUAUUGUACCAGAUUCACAACUCUCUUUAAUUGAUGUAAGCCAUGGUAUAUUGGGACAUCCUAGGAAAAUUUAUGACACCAUGCUUACCAUUAAUUGGGAAGCGGUAAGGUUUCAAAACUAUUCCGAAUUAUAUGAUCCUUAUCGUAUUAUAAGACAACCCUAUUUGGAAAUACCAAAAUUGGAUGCAGAAAACUUGCGUAAAAAUUGUGAAAAAUAUGAAUCCUAUUAUCAGUUAAAACAUUCUUUUGAGGGCUGGGAUCGUAAAAUGUUGAGAAAAUGGUUGAAACGUGAUGAAAUUAUAAAUUUCUUUAAAACAGAAGGUAUUUUAACGGAUGUGUGGCAGAAAUGUCAAAAAGAAAUUGAACAGAUUGGUUAUGGGCCAUCUGUAGAAGAAAUAACCAAGAAGUUUAUAGCACGCAAAGAAAAAUUAAGAAAGAAAUGA